AUGCUGCCGCGUACGCCGAUAUUUCCGCACGUCAUCGAGCUCAACCACCAGGCCCGCCGCCGGGUGACUUGCAGCGUUUACCUGAUUUAUGACGACGACGCCUGGACCCUGAUCGACAUCGGCUACGAGGACGCCGUCGAUGAGGUGCUGGAGCUGAUCCGGCAGCUCGACUUCCCGUUCAGCAAGUGCGUCGCCCUGAUCGCGUCGCACGCCGAUGUGGACCACAUCCAAGGCUUGGCGAAGGCGAAGCAGGUCCUCCGCACCGAGGUCGCCUGCCACCCCGUGGCGGCGAAGAAGCUCGAAGAGGGGGACCGCAUCGCGACCUUCGCCCAGAUCAGCGCGCAGGGGAUCGACCUGGCGAUGCCGCCGGUGAAGACCGAGCGGCCCGUUACCGAUGGCGACAUCAUCCGCGUCGGCAACCUCGAGCUCGAAGUCUGGCACACGCCCGGCCACACCGACGGGCAGCUCGCCUUCCGCCUCGGCAACCUACUGUUCUCCGGCGACAACCUGUUCCGCGACGGCUCGGUCGGCGUCAUCGACGCCCACCACGGCAGCAGCAUCCCUGACUUCAUCCGCUCGUUGGAGCGCAUCCGCGACAGCGACGUCGAGUGGCUGCUGCCGAGCCACGGACCGGUCUUCCGUAAAGACAACGCCCACAUCCAAGCGACCAUCGCUCGGCUAGAGGGCUACCAGAAGCUCGCCGACUUCGGCACCUGCGCCACGAGUUGGCCGCUGAUGGAAGAGUGGGAAGACGAACUCGUCGAGGGGCGCUUGCCGCAGGUUGCGGCGCCCGCGUCUGGAACGCGCGGGGACGCCGCCUGCCGCACGUCCAUCCAAUCAGGAGCAAGGGGCAUGUCUUGUCGAUACCCGGUCGCCUUGGCGACACUGGCCGCCGCGCUGGCUUGCGUCGCGAACGUCAGCGCGCAGUCGUACGAAGCCGGCGAGCAAGAGCCCGCCUUGCGGCUACCCACCGACCCGCGUUUGUGGCACAACUCGCCGCCGCUCACGCUCGAGUCGCUCAAGGGGAAGGGCGUGGUCUUUUAUCUCUUUGAGGAGGAGAGCCCACGGAUCACCGCCAACUGGCCGAACCUGCAAGGGCUAUCGAAGCAGUACGAAGGCAAGCCCGUGCUGUUUGUCGCCGUCAGCUCGGGGACCGACCCACGGGUGUUGAAGCGAUACCUCGGGCAGUACCGCGUCGGCUGGCCGGUGAUCCACGACUACGACCGUUCGCUCGAGCGGGCGAUGGCGGUCCCCCAACUCAACCCGGGCGGCGAUGAGUUUGCGUUCCGCUACGUCGCGGGCGAUGGAUCGAUGGGUCAAGGAAAAGGCGCCGACGUGGCCGGCACAGCUGAGGCCGCGUUGAAGGGCGCGGCGUGGCGCGUCGAUCCCGCCGAGGUCCCGGAAAAGCUCAAGGGCGCUUGGCGAGCUGUCGAACUCGGCAGCUUCACAGCGGCGGCCCGGCCGCUCACUCAAGCCGCCGAAUCCAAAGACGACGAACUAAAAGCAGGGGCUGAGAAGCUGCUCGCCGCGGUCGAGGAAGAGCUGACCAGCGCCGCCAAGGAAGCCCAGGAGUCGCUCAAUGAGGGAGACGACUGGCACGCCUACAAGCUACUGGAGUCGAUCCCGCAACGCUUCGAUGGCUAUGAGUUCGACCUCAUCGAGCGGGCCGAGGACAAGACCAAGGAACUCGCCAAGUCCGACACCGUGAAAGGCCAGAUCGCCGCGGCAAAGAUGCUCGGCAAGGCGAUGGCGACCGCGUCUCGCGGCCCCAGCGGCGUCAACCGCGCGAAGGGCUUGCUCAACCGGCUUGUCGAAGAGCACCCCGACACCGAAGCCGCCGUCAAGGCGCAAGAGCUGCUCGCGUCGAUCGGCAGCUAA